AUGAUUAUCACCGUCCAUCAUCCACAGGUACUUAAGGAACAGCAAUUGAAUCUUCUAAUCCACCAACCAAACCUUACAAACAUACAAUUUCCAAGCACCAAAACUAUGGAUAUUAACACUGUCAUAAACUCACUUCCUCGUGCGAGCGCACAGCAGAAAGCCAGCAGCGAAUGCUUUUGCGGCAACAAUUGGGCCGACAGUUCACACGUGGCCGUCACCCUUCCAUGUUCCCACACUUUUGGCCAAGACUGUCUCAGACAGUGGUUCAACACACCUGGACAGCGUGCCAACAACCGCUGUCCUGUCUGCCGACACGAACUCUUCGAUGAUGGGCGACCGACCGCCGAACAGGAAAGGGCAGAACUGCAAGCUGUAUUAGACAAUAUCCGCUACAUGGAAAACCGUUCCCGUCUAUGGAAUGACGGGCUCAGAUACGAUUCUAUGCUGUCUGAGGAUGAAGAUUCGUCUGGACGACUAUAUGAAGAGGAUUUCAGCGAAAUUCGAAACCCAGUCGCACAGUCCCGUAGUACUCCAUAUUCGAUGAUGGCUCGAGCUGACGGAAAUGGAAUGGAAAGCUCGUCGCGCCACGGGAGAGUGCUUCCAGUUCCACAGUCUGGUAACACUCAACAUGCGACAGCUCGAGCUGGCGGAAAUGGAAUGGAAGGCUCGUCGCGUCACGGGAGAGUGCGUGAUCAUCCUCGGAAUGAGACUGAAGCGGAGCGUUCACAGCGUAGACAGCAGGCCCUGGAUCAGGAUCGUCGUCAGUAUGACUUGAAUAGAGUCAGAACGAGUCUUGGUCGUGAGCAGCGAAACCUAGAUUGGAUUCGCGCGCAGUUUGAUAGCCCGCACCUGACUCUAUCGCGCGCACAACGCCUCAGUAUUUCUCUUGACAAUGUUCUUCUAGCGAACGACGAGCGAAAUGUCAGAGCAGUCAUUGAACAAAUACGCCAGCUGGAAGAGAAUGCGCGGGUAGUGCGGGAACAACAUAAUAGUCGUCUGUCUCAAACCGAAAUCAAUUACAUUGCAUAUGCACAAGAUAACCGUGCAGUACUAGAACUAAUGCUAGAGCACGGGACACGUGCACUAGCCAGGCGACGGGUAGAGGUUUCAAGGAACCCACAAAACGAGUCUGCUGGGCCUGCACUUGACUUGGCAGCCCUCGACAUGAGCCAAGACCCGUUACCGUCGGGUUCUUCACGCGAUCAGUCUGAACGCCAACUGCGCGAGAUGCGUAACGAGGUUAGAAGAAAGAUCCUAGAAGCAGAGCUUAAUCUUCGUGGCCGUCUCCGUGAAUUCGAGUUCUACGAAGCCAGUAACCUGCCCCUACCCCUGCUCUCGUAGAUCUAACACUCUCUACACUUGUAUGAUGAUGAUACUCCAUUACCCAUUUCGCCAAGAAGAUCAGAUGGAAUUAGUCACCAAGAACACAAACUACAUACAAAAUGCAUAAGAAAUGAAUAAGAAAUGAAUAAGAAAUGAAUAAGAAAUGAAUGAUUUGCUACAGAAUACUAGAUUGAGGUACAAUUGUGACGCUUGGCCGACCGGGUCGUCUCCAAUGACAAACAGUUCGCCAACUAAAUAGGAAUUACUCACUAUCUGCUCAACAAUACUUAAACUAUAAUACCUUCCAGAAUGUAAGAAGCAUUUCUGAUGUACCCCAAAAUAUAGCACUCC